CGAAAACACACCCAAUCAUUACACACGCACCCUUUGCCAACAUGAAGGCGGAUAGGGGAGCCCCUGCCAUUGAAAUACAAGAAUACAACUUGUGAUUUCAAGAGGUAGCGAAUCCCAUUGCCUACGAAAAUAGAUGCGACACCGAAUUAAUAUUUUGGCCCUGCAGAAUGUCCAAGAUAAGGCGGAGGGUAACAGUGGAGAAUUCUAAAACCAUAUCUGACAACAGCAGUAGCCAGACCACCACCACCACCCCGUCUCGCCGGCCCAGCGUGUUUGAAAGACUUGGCCCCAGCACUGGUAGUAAUGCUGUCGAGACUAAUUGUAGAAAUUGGUUGAAGACUGGGAAUUGCAGUUACGGCAAUACUUGUCGCUACACACAUGGAACUCAGCCACGAGGCAAAGGAUUUAGUGGAUCUUUUAGCAGGUCAGCGGAGAGACCAACUGGCGAUCUGCGAGAGAGGAUGAAGAAUAAGAGGCAGGAUGUUGAAUCAGAUGCUACAAAGAGAGACCCAGAGGAGCCUACGUCCCCCACAGCCAGACAGCGAGACUCGUCCCGAGGCCGCCACAGGGAGAAGGAAGAUAUAAAAAUCACUAAAGAGAGAAGCCCUGCCAGCGAAGAAGAGACCACCGAGUGGGAAGCCAACCGCGAAGACUCGGAUAACGGCGACUACGACUACGAAUUAUCCCUCGAGAUGAAGAGACAGAAGAUUCAGCGUGAGCUCAUGAAGUUGGAGCAGGAGAAUAUGGAGAAAAGAGAGGAGAUUGUUAUCAAGAAAGAGGAGCCGACCACCAAAACUAGGACCACUAUCAUAUCCAAGACAUCCCCGGAGCGUUCCAGCUCGAAAGGUUCCCCCUCCUCCAGGAAGUCCAGUGGAUCUCCCAAACACACUAAAGGACCUAAAGCUUCCGGUUCUAGGAAGAAGGAGAAGAAGACCUCUGUGUCGUCCUCUGCAUCCGCCACGGCCAGAUCUUCCAAGGGGGGCCACGGGAAGAAGAAAGGUCCCCGCACCCCCAGCCCCCCUCCUCCGGUGCUUCCUCUGGUGAACCCUGUCGUGGCAGCCGGGGGGAAGAAACACAAGGGGAAACACAAGAACAAGGAGAAGUGUGAGGAGAAGCCGCCCAAGGAGGGAAAGGAGAGAGGAAGAGAUGUGGAGAAACACAAGGAGAAGAAGGAGAAACGCAGAGACCGUUCAGACAGCUCCCACAAGGCCAAGCGGUCAGUGAUGUCUGAGGAACGUUCCGGCAGCGUGUCCUCUCCUUCCAGAGACCGAGAGGCGUCCCCGUCAGCCAGGAAGAACAAGUCCAACUCCCCAAAAGUAGCCUCCCAGAAGACCCUUGCGCCUGCCUCCCCACCUCACAGGUCUCCCCCUCCCCGCCACAAGCGCACCCCCACCCCGCCCCGCCAUCACUCCCCCUCCUCCCACUCUGGCUCCUCAGCCCAGAGACACUCUCCAUCCCCUCGCCGGCGCCGCUCGGCAUCCCCCUCCUACAACCGCGAGCCCCCAGCCGCCUCCUCACCUCCUGGCCAGAGGUGUUCCUCCCGCUCCCCUGCAGCCUCCCGGGACACCUCCUCUCCUCAGAGGAGGACUAGCCCCGGAGGACGAAACCACUCUCGGGGGCGUGAGAGAGGACGCAGCGAGAGGGGGAGGAGCCCACCUGCCCAGGAGCACCGACACGAGCGUCGAGACGAGAGCCGCGGGAAGCGAGAGAAAGACGGUACCCGUGACGACAGGGACUACGAGGUGGCAGAGACGAGCUCUUCUCGUGAUGCCGCCCGUGAGGACCGGGACAAAGAGGGGCGAGAGCGCCGGGGUGAAGGGCGCAGCGACCGACGAGGAGACUCCACCAGUACCACCAGGGAUAGAGACCGGGACACCAAGGACUCGACCCGGGAAUCCAGAACCACAGAGACCACGUCAACACGCUCCGGACGAGACCCUCUGGAGUACAGGGACCGAGAACGGGAGCGGGAGCGAGAAAAGGAGAAAGAGAGGGAGCGGGAGAGAGGAGAGAGGGAGAAGACGGACAGGAAGGAGGAGGCUGUCCCGGAGGAGGGGAGGGGCUAUGGGAGGGGCCACGGGCGAGAGGAAGGAGGGAGGACUGAAGGGAGGGGGGAGACGAGGACAGAGAGUAGAGCUGAGAGACCUGGCAGGGGUAGGGGCCGCGAGGCUGACGCAUCUGACAAAGUUUCCUCAGGCUCCACCCGGAAUGCCCGAGGCUCCCAACUGGAGAGUGGUGGUCAUGACGGCUGGGAGUCACGUAGCGGCGGAGGCUUCCGUGAGAAGAGUGCGGAGAGGAGCACCGACCGUGGGGCGGAGAGAGGAGGCGCAGAGAGAGGAGGAGCGGAGCGUGACCGUUAUGACGGAGACAGGAGAGGAGGGGAGCAGGCGACUGGGAGAGACUCAUCCUACGACCGUAGAGGUGGUCACACCGACCGUGGUGACCGCAGAGAGAACAGGGAGAGAGACCAAAGAGCUUCCUCUCCUGGUCGGCACCCAGCCAGAGGAGAAGAGCCAGACAGGGAGGAGACCAGAGGGAGGGAUGAACGCAGAGGAGAGGAAAAGGGAGGGGACAGGCGAGAGGACAGGGCCCGAGAGAGGGAGCGAGAGAGGGAACGGGAAAGAGAGAAGGAGAGAGAAAGAGAGAAGGAGAAGGAGAGGGAGGCAGAGCGGGAGAGGGUUCGGGAGAGGGAGAGAGAACGAGAGCGAGAGAGGGAAAAGGAAAGGGAGAGGGAAAAGGAGAAAGAGAGGGAAAAGGAGCGAGAGAGGGAACGGGAGAGGGAAGAGAGGGAGCGGGAGAGGGAGGAGCGAGAUAGGGAGAGGAAGGAGAGAGAGCGGGAGAGGGAACGAGAGCGGGAGAGGGAGCGAGAGCAAAGAGAGAGGGAGAGGCAGCGGGAAUGGGAGGAGCGUGAGAAAGGAAGGGAUGAGCGACGGGAACGGACUAGGGAUGAACCAAGGGAUGACCGCUCUGUCCGAGACUCGCAUGAAGACCGCAAGACCAGCCGGAAGAGGCACAGGGUAGAGACCACACCCAGCCCGACUCGCCCCUCUCCCAAGCGAGCAAGGGACGCCACCCCAGGAGACGGCGAGGAAUACAACAGCCCUGAGGAGAAAAGUGUUGAGAAACACCGGCUGUUGAGUCAGGUGGUACUCCCGCCCCAGGACCCCCUCCUGCGUUCCCCCCCAGCACCUCUGGCGGAGGACGCCAAGCCCAGCCGGUGGAAGGACGAGGAGCGCCGUGGAGGCGGGGACAAGAGGGAGGGGAGGAGCCGCCGGAACGAGGAGGCCGACGCCCGCGGAGACAGAGGAGGAGCAGGCAGAGGAGGGGAGAGACGGGGGGAGCACCCCUCAGAUAGCAGUACCCCUGUCUCGGCCUCCGGCUCGGACUCUAGGAGGGGUAAAGAGAGGGACGGUCGGGAGCCCACCCCUCCCCCGCCUCCCGUGGCCCUGGUCACUGAGGACAGAGAUGCUCCGGUCCUGUCAGGUCAUGAGGAGGGCAAGAAGAAGACUAAGUCCCAGAAGAAAGGCCUGAAGAAGGGGAGGAAGGAGGAGGCUGUGGCAGGAGGUGUUUCAGGAGCUCCAGAGAGGUUCACCAACCCAGAGCCCCCCUCCUCCAUGGCCCUCUUGGACGCCCCCCGCCCCCUCUCCUUCCCCCGCAAAGCGCCUAAGAAGAAGGCGCUGGACAAGAAGAGGAAACGAUCCCGUGGCGCUGAGUCGGACGCGUCUGAGGAGGAUAGGCUCCUCCCAUCUUCCCCCGGCAAGAGGAACAAGAGGGGUCCCCGGACCCCGCCCGCGCCAAAGGAGGCUCUGCUAUCCCAGAGGGCCAUGCCACAUUCAGUUGCAGAGCCCUUGCCACAGCCCGUCAAAAUGGACGCCAACUUCAGCGACUGGUCUGACGAGGAUGUGCUGGAGCGCGGUGGUGGAUCGGCGCCCGUUAAGGCACCCCCCACAGUCCCCACUGAGAGGACUCCGACUGAAGCUCUUCCCAGGAGAGGAGGUCCGAGGGGGGGCAAGGAGAGGUUGGAGAGGCCUGUUCCCCUGCCCAUCGCCCCUCUGCUGUCCCAGGACCCUCCCAUGUUACUCCAGACCCUGCCUCCCCAGCCCCUCAUGUCCCAGCCCCUGCUGAGGAAGCCUCCUCCGGAGCAGAAGAGGAGCAGCAGUAUGGGAAGCAACCAGAGCAGGGCCUCAUCCAGACGUCUCCGUUCUCCCUCCAACGAGUCAGCCCACAGAGAGGACCCUCAGCAGGGCCAAGGACCAGGCCGACCCAGGAGAGGACACCAGCUCCAGGGGGCCAACUCCCGAGACCGGGAACGAGAAAGGGAGCGAGAAAGGGAACGAGAAAGGGAGCGAGACAGGGAAAGAGAGAGGGAGCGUGGUGAGAGAGAGAGGGGACCUGUGCUCACAGAGCCUCCAGUGGUGAGGGGAGAGGAGCGGAAGUCACGCAUCGACCAGCUGAGGAGAGGAGAGCCCAGUCGCAGCACCUCCUCAGACCGGCAGGACUCUCGCAGCCACAGCUCCAGACGUAGCUCUCCUGAGUCAGAGCGGCAGGUGCAGUCGCGGGCCGGGUCCUACGACGGCCGAGAGCGUGAGAGGGAGAGAGAGAGGGAGCGGGAACAGUUUGAGAGGGAGCGUGAGCGCAAGGACCUCCGACAGCAACAGGGGCCUCCGGGGCCACUACCUCCUCUCCAGCAGCAGGGGCAGCAGAGAGACUGGGAGCCCGAGGGGCCACGGGAGUGGGGCGGGAGGGGCCGUGAACCCCUCCUCAUGCGUGGAGGCAACAGAGAGCAAAUGAGAGAGCGUGAUCUCCGUGACAUGCGGGGUGAGAGAGAGCGGCUUCUGCCCGAGGGUCUCCUGCAGCAGCACGAACGAGAGCGGGAAAGGGAGCGUGGAGGCAACAGGGGCAUUGGCCGCGGUGGCGACCAUGGCAACGACCGGGAGCGGGAGAGGAUGCUGCUGAUGGACCUGCCGCCACAUGGGGACCCCAAGAACAGGAUGGACAUGAGGGGAGACAGACCAGAUAUGAGGGGGGACAGACCAGAUAUGAGGGGGGACAGACCAGAUAUGAGGGGAGACAGACCAGAUAUGAGGGGAGACAGACCAGAUUUAAGAGGGGACAUGCGAGGAGAUAUGAGACCUGAUAUGAGGGGAGACAUUCGAGGGGAUAUGAGAGGAGACAUUCGAGGAGAUAUGAGACCUGAUAUGAGGGGAGACAUGAGACCUGAUAUGAGGGGAGACAUUCGAGGGGACAUGAGACCUGAUAUGAGGGGAGACAUGAGACCUGAUAUGAGGGGAGACAUUCGAGGGGACAUGAGACCUGAUAUGAGGGGAGACAUGAGACCUGAUAUUAGGGGAGAUAUUCGAGGGGAUAUGAGACCCGAUAUGAGGGGAGACAUUCGAGGGGACAUGAGACUUGAUAUUAGGGGAGACAUGAGACCUGAUAUUAGGGGAGACAUUCGAGGGGACAUGAGACCUGAUAUUAGGGGAGACAUUCGAGGGGACAUGAGACCUGAUAUUAGGGGAGACAUGAGACCUGAUAUUAGGGGAGACAUUCGAGGGGACAUGAGACCUGAUAUUAGGGGAGACAUGAGAGGGGGGCCAGAUAUAAGACCGGACAUAAGGCCAGAUCACAUGAGACCAGAUAUCAGGGGGCCGGACAGGGCUGAGUUCUCUCUCUUGCUCCCCCACGAAGCCUUGGGACACGGCGGCAUGGACCAGGACAAAGCAGGCAACAGCCAUCACCCUGUGGGAGGACAGAUACAGGAAGCAGAGAAACAGGACAGCGUUGACGACGAAGAUGACGCGAAGGCGGAUGACGCUGUGUCGGUGGUGUCUGGCGGGGAGGAGUACGAGCCAAUCAGUGAUGACGAGUUAGAUGAGAUCUUGGCGGACAGCGCCCAGAAGAGAGAGGAUGGGCAGGAAGAAGAGAAGACGCCAGGUCCCCUGGAUGUGAUUGAUGUGGACUGGUCCAGCCUGAUGCCCAAGCAGAAGCAGGAGCCUCGGGCGGCAGGGGCAGCUCUGCUUCGGUUCACCCCAGGGGCAGUGCUCCUCAGGGCGGGCGUCUCCAAGCGGCUGGCUGGGCCCGAGCUCCUGGAGAGAGUCAGGGAGGUCUGCAAAAAGGAGCUGGACGACCCUAAAGAUGCUGACAAGCUGUUUGAGCACGACCUGGGUGCUCUGAACAAGGCAGCUCUGAACAGGAAGAUAGAGAGGGCAGGUCUGCUGAGGAACCUGGGCCCCUGCUGUAAGGCCCUCUGUGCCCGCAGGGACAUGGCCAUCAGACGGCAGCUCCUCAAGAACGAAAAGGGCCUGGCCAAGCAGAUGUAUCCCAGUGUUCCUGUGGUGGACAGUGAGCUCUUCCAACUCAGCAUGCGUCUCUUCAAGAAGACUGUAGCCGCCGCCAGAAGCAACCAGCCCCCGUUGGGGCCACCAGCAGGCCCAGAGAAGGCCGACAAAGGGCCACCGGGGCUGGUACCGGCAGCUUCACCGGUAGCCAAGCCCAGUACACCACAGCCCCCGAGAUGUGUGUCUCCUGAGAGCGUGUGGGGAUUAUGGGUAAAAACAAACGCUGCAUGAUGAAACUGACCUGUGAUCAGAAAUUGAAUCAGCUCUGACUACUAAGCCUGCUCUGAGUCCCUGCCCCCUACUCUAAACCCCACCCCCUAAUGCUAAAACCCGCCCCCCUGCUAUAGCUUUUUUAAUCACAAGGAAAAAUCUAACAAAACGCUGAAACUCUUGUCAGUCAGCAGUGCUGUCAUUAUGGAAGACUGAUCUGAUCCGCAAGUACUGUACUGCUUCUACCAUAGAGACUAUUGGAGAUACUAGCCUAUGGAGGGAUUGAUAGAGGCCUUGUACAAUGUACUGUACCUUGAACUAGAAAUGACAAUGCUACAGGAAAGACGUGCAUUUUCCCGAAUAACAGUUGUUGUUUUUGUGCGAUUGGAUAUUUGUUGUCGGAGGGUGAUAAGUCUCCCUUUCGUAAUGGCGUUGAUUUAUGUUUUUUGUUUCUUUUGUUGUGCAUUGGUUUUUAAGACUGCAUUAAAGUGGUUAGUUGUUCAUUUG